ACAUAAACAUAACGAACAUAACCUUUCUAAUGACAGAAGAAUUAUUAUCAACAUUUCAAAAUUGUUUUUUAUCAAUUUUGAUUAUGCAAAACAAGUAAUUAAAGACAAGUAAUAUUUAUAAUUGUAAAGUUUCGCUAUGUUAGGAGAUGAUACAAAAGAAGAUGUUGAUCAGGGGGUGCAGAAUGAUCAACAAGAUGAUGACGAGAAUAAGGAUAAAGAAAAGGAGGAAAAAAACAUUAUUGAAUCUUAUAUAAAAGAAACCGAAGAAAGAUUACAAAAACGAAACGAACUUAGAAAUUUAAACCUCAAUGCCCAAAAUACAAGACCUACUGAAUCGUAUUUUUCAAAAUUAGAUUCAAAUUUAAAGAAAAACACAACGUUUGUGAAAAAAAUUAAAAAUUUUAGUGCCUCCCAAGUUGACACCUAUAUUAAAGACAUGAACGGAUUAAAUCUUACAAAAUACAUAUCUGAGAUAGCAACAGCUAUUGUAGAUGCAAAAUUAAAAAUGACUGAUGUCCCUGCUGCAAUUAAAUUAUGCAGCACACUUCAUCAAAUAUAUGCAGAAUUUUCUCAACAUUUAUUUGAAAAUUGGCAAAAAACACUGUCUUUCAAAUCUGGGGAGAAAAUUGCCAACCCAAGCAAAUUAAGAGUUGACUUGAGAUUUUAUGCAGAAUUAGUAAGUGCUGGAUUAUUUAACAACAAAAACGCAUUUAGUUUAUUGGGAAAUGUACUUACUUUUCUGAUAAAUAUGGACAAAGAGGAACAUCUAAACUUAAAUAUUAUUUUAAGUUUCUGUAAACACUGUGGUGAAGACUAUGCAGGUUUAAUCCCCCGCAAAAUAAGAGAACUUUCUGAAAAAUAUAAUUUAACUACACCAAGGAGCACAUUCCUAUCUCCAGAAAAACAGCAGAAUGUUAAAGUACUUUUAAAAGAUUACUAUGGAUCUUUAAGUAAGCAUUUAAUUAAGGACCACAAUGAAGUGAGGCAAUUUGAGAAACAAAACAAAAGGAUUUUACAUACAAAGGGUGAACUUAGUCAAGAAAGAAAAGAUAAGCUGGACUCCCUCUUAGUAUCUUUUGAAAAAUUAUCAAAUUCAACACAAAGUUUAGCUGAAGUGUUAGAUGAGGAAUUACCAAUACUUCAAGUAGACAAUCAUCAAAAUGAAGAUGAACAUAUGGUCAUAACGGGCACAGGAAUUGACGCCGAUGAAAUAGCUUCCAAAGUAGCGACUAUAGAAAAUAUCUGGGGAGAUAUAGAGACACAACGUUUCUAUUGUGAAUUACCUGAGCUACAAGCUUUUCUACCCACUUCAUAUUUACAAAAGGACAAAGACAAAGAAAAAUCUGACACUCCACCACCAACUGGCGAUACUGUAACAGAAGAAGCGCUCGAUUCUGAAAUACCCGCUGAAGAAUUAGAAGAUGAUGGGAAGUCUGAAGAACCAUUAAUCGAAGAAGAAGUAGAAGAUAAUAGUUCAAUAACUGUUAACAAUAAAAUCGUAUUAGAUGCAUUUUUAAAUAACUUGCCGAAUUGCGUUAAUCGUGAAAUGAUCGACAAUGCCGCAAUCGAUUUCCUUGUUACUUUAAACAAUAAACACAACAGAAGAAAGUUGGUUCGCGCCCUUUUUGGUGUCAACAGGACUCGUCUGGAUUUGCUACCAUUUUACGCACGAUUCGUUGCAAUCCUCUAUCCUGCCCUUCCUGAAGUAGGAAAUGAACUUUGUCAAAUGCUAAGACAAGAUUUUAAGUAUCAAGUACGAAAAAAAGAUCAGAUCAAUAUCGAAUCGAAAAUUAAAGUGGUGAGAUUCAUAGGCGAAUUGGUGAAAUUUAAACUGUAUUCCAAACUUGAUGCGCUUUAUUGCUUAAAAGUUCUUCUUUACGACUUCUCUCAUCACCACAUCGAAAUGGCAUGCAAUUUAUUAGAAGUGUGUGGUCGUUAUCUCUAUUGUAAUCCCGAUUCUUAUCAAAGAACGAAGGUUUACCUCGAACAAAUGAUGAGGAAGAAGGCAGUGAUGGCCCUUGAUUCGCGCUACGUUACACAAAUCGAAAAUGCCUAUUAUUACGUGAAUCCACCCGACGUGACACCUGUUGCUAAAAAAGAAAGACCGGUCAUGCAUCAGUUCAUUCGAAAACUUCUCUACCAAGACUUGCAGAAGAACAACAUAGACAAGAUACUAAGACUGAUGCGAAAGCUUGACUGGAAUAACGAAGACGUGUCGGCUUAUGCAGUCAAAUGUCUGACAGGAGCACAUAAUAUGAAGUAUUACAACAUAAGAUGCUUAGCAAACCUUUUAUCCGGCUUAGUUGCUUAUCAAGAAGAAAUAGGUACACGGGUAGUAGAUGGGGUAUUAGAAGACAUAAGACUGGGCAUGGAAGUUAAUCUACCCAAAUUUAAUCAAAGAAGAGUUGCACAAGUUAAAUAUCUAGGCGAAUUAUACAAUUAUCGUAUGGUAGAAAGUGCAGACAUAUUUAAGGUCCUAUAUUCUUUAAUAACAUUCGGUGUUACAAUGGAUCCGAAUAACCCUUCGCCCCUAGACCCCACCGAUCAUUUAUUUAGGAUACGUCUAGCUUGUGUUCUACUGGAAACAUGUGGGACGUAUUUCAGUAGUGGAAAUAGUAAAAAGCGCCUAGAUUAUUAUUUAGUAUUUCUUCAAGCAUAUUAUUGGUUCAAGAAAUCUAUGUUAGAAAUUAUGCCCCCUUUUUUGGAGCACAUGUUCAAGGAGACACUACAAACUCUAAGACCAAAGCUCAAAUUAUUCCAAAGCUAUGAAGAAGCUCAAGUAGAAGUUAAUAACAUCAGAACUACAUUAGGAAUUGAAAACUUGACAUCAACUAUGAAAGACGAAAAUCAUCCCGAAGGCGUUUUAGAAAACAUUACAGAAACGGACAACGAAGAUAUCGGAGACGAUGAAAUUUCGGAGGGCUUAGCUGGUCCAGUUACUGACGAAACCGCUACAGAAGACGAAACGGUUGACCAUACUCAAGGAUCAGAUGAAGAAGGUAGUCAAUAUGUAAGCGAGUUUGAACAGGAGACUCCUUCAGAGAACUUGGCCAUACCGAGCGGGCCGAAAAAGGUCGAGUGCCCCGAAGACGAAGAAUUUUUAAAUGCUCUGGAUAAAAUGGUAUCUGAAAAUAUACAGGAACGUCUUCGCGAGCCAGUCAAAGCCACCAAUAUGGACAUUUCAGUUCCCAUGAUGCUCAAGUCCAAUAAGAAAACAUUUGAUCCGUUACAGGAGUCAAAUGAAAACGAGCAAAAAACAAUGGGAUUUGUUCUUAUGUUACGCAAAGGCAAUAAGCAGCAGUAUAAGACUUUUGAAGCGGAUAUUAAUUCCGAACUUGCCCAAAAUUUACGUGACCAAGAAGUAGCGCAGCGUGAAGAAAAAGAACGAGUUAAACAGUUAACCCUUAACAUAACCGAGAGAUUUGAAGAAGAGGAUUAUCAAGAAAUGUUGCAGCAACAAAAUAAACCGUCCAUGCAAAAUUUGAACAGAGAACGAAAGAAAUACCAGCAUCCCAAAGGAGCUCCAGAUGCCGACUUGAUAUUCGGAAAGAAGCUACGCUGAACUUCGAAAACAAUACAUAUUAAAUGUAUAAAACUUUGGGAAGGGUGUUCGAGAAGAAGAAGUACACUGAUUUCUAAAAAGAAAAAAAAAAA